AUGGUCUGGUCACCGCCAGUAUCUGUACACUUUACAAUUGAAAAGGAGAAGUUUGCUGAAGGUGGUUUUCAUGCUGCAUACAAGGCUACCUUGAAAUCACCAAAUUUUGAAGGUAAAACCUACAUUGUGAAAUGCUUCUUACCUAAAACAGUCAAACUGAUUGGAGCAGUAAACGAGACUCAAGAAGACCAUGCACGAAAGUCUAUUCAGAUGCAAGCAUUGGCAAAUAAUUUCGCAGAACAAGUUGCAGCAAAAGUAGAGAAAGAUGGAAACAAAAAGUAUUUGGAAAGCCAUUUCGGUAUGUUGAUGCAUUCUUGGGAAAGGUUCAGCGCACAAACCAACUUGUAACAAUAGAACAGUUUGCAUCCGGUACUUUCCAAAAAUAUGUAAACAACGAUGGAACAAUCUCACAUAACAAGGACAUUGAGAAGCAAAGAAAGGCUGAAAGCCUUGUUCACUUUUCGUUUGUAAAGUUGAACAGGAAACUCUUGUUGGUAGAUAUCCAAGGAGGUGAGUAUAACCUAACAGAUCCUGAAAUUGCCACAGUCUCUGGCAUAUAUGACAAUGACAACCACCUUCUCUUCUGUGCUGGAAAUCUAUCAACAGAAGCAUACUUGAAUUUCUUCAAUGCUCAUAAGUGUAAUGCAUUUUGUAACCUCCUUGGUCUCGUGCCGGAAGAAGUAGAGAAUGAUGCGUAA